AUGUCUGACGUUAAGGUUCCCGGAUUCCAGGCUUCCGAGCUCAUUGCUGGCCUCCAAACUGCCUUUGGCAAGUACAGCGACACCGAGAAGCAGGCCGAGAUCAAGAAGAACAACGGCAUCUUCGAGCUCCAGGUCACCAAUGACAAGAAGGAGACUGCCACCUGGACGAUUGACUUGAAGAAGACCGGAACGGUGUACAAGGGCAAGGCUCAGCCCAAGGCUGAUGUCACCAUCAUCCUCUCCGACGCCACUCUUAUGGAGUUGGCUUCUGGCAAGCUUAACGGCCAGAAGGCUUACAUGACCGGCAAGCUCAAGACCCGCGGCAACAUGAUGCUCGCCACCAAGCUUGACGGUGUCCUAAAGGGCGCCAAGGCCAAGUUGUAAAAACGUCGUCGACACCACCCUGCUAGCAUAACGCACCCCAUUUGUACCAAUACACAUCUCAUACCUUAAAGUUUUAUCUUUAUUUUUCCCCUAGUUUUCUCUCCAUACCAGCCCAUUCCCAAUGACAUGGAUUUGAAA